CCACCGCUGCCUAUUUCCCUCAUAGAGAUUCCUCUCAGUCUGAACAUGUUUCAGCUGAUAAAUGUUUGUGUUCAUCCAUUUAAAACAUAGAAAUAGCAGCAGUUCUCCUCCUCUGGUCCCAGUCCUCCUCUCCCAGCAGGAGGAGCGCUUCCCUCCGGACCGGUCCUCCCUGUGCAGACGCCCGAGCGGCGGCGGCGCGCACCCCCGCCCUCUCCCGUGACGCACGGAUGCCGGAGCGGCAGCGACAGGCGCGCUCAUCUCGGUGGGACUGGAGACCGGAGACUGGGGGGGGGAAGAAGAUCGCCCGGUUCGCGUCCAUCGGUGGAGCCUCAGAUCUGCGGGGGAACGAUGCGCAGACAGAGCCUCUCCGCGGGCAGCGCCACUUGAGAAGCUGCGGUCCUUCAUCCACCGGGACACUUUUCUACUCUCGCCCCUUUCCCCCUCUUCUUGAUAGGGAACCAGGCGAGAAGCUUCCAGCGCGCACUCGGCUUCAUUUAACCCCAGUUUGAAGACAGAGACACUCGGGUUUGUUAUCUGUCGUUUGGACACAAUGUGGAGGACCGGGAUCCUCCUGCUGCUGCCGGGGCUGCUGCUCCUGGCGGCCGGUGAACUCCAGCUGGAGAAGGAGCCGCGGAGACUGCCACCCCCGGGAAAGUUGGAUUUCGGUUAUGUGCCCGCGGGACUCUACGAGACUCUGGCCCAUUACGAGCCGGGGCCGAUAGGGAUCCUGUUCCACAUGGUGCACACGUUCCUGUACGCGGUGCAGCCCAACGCGUUCCCACAAGAUCUGAUCGUCAAACUGGCAAAGGACAAGUUUGGAGCCAUUCAGACGGAAUAUCAAAAGCCAGAGAACAUAGUGCUGACCCUUCAGGCCAUCUACUACGAGAUAGGCUUCCUCGUGUGUGCGGCGGUGGGCCUGCUGUUCGCCGUCCUGAUACCGUUAGUCGGCCUCUUCUUCUGCAUGUGCCGCUGCUGCGACAACUGCGGCGGCGAGAUGCACCAGCGCCAGAGGAAGAACGCAGACUGCCGGCGCGGCCUGCUGGGAACGCUGCUCUUCUCCACCUCACUGGUCAUCACGAUCGGCGUGCUGUGUGCAUACGCUGCCAAUCAGAACCUGAGCUCUCAGGUGAAGAACAUCCGCAGACUGGUCAACAGCAACAUGAGGGACUUGCACACGUUCGCCAAUGACACGCCCAUGCAAAUCGAUUACCUGAUAUCGCAGUACGCCACGGCCAAGAAGAAAGUCAUCUACGACCUAAAUCAUAUAGGUCCUUUACUGGGUGGAAGGAUACACGAUCAGCUGGAUAAGGAGGUCCACCCGGCCCUGGACAGAGUGCUCAACAUGGCUGGAGUGAAAAUCGAGAGAGCCAUCAAAGCCAUGCGAGAAACCAAGGAGGCCCUGGAGAACGUCAGCGUGUCUCUGGAGGUCCUCCAGGAGGGGACGGGGAAGCUCAACUUCAACCUGAGCCUGGUCCGCACCAGCAUCAACCGCACGCUCAACGACCCCGGCUGCCACGACGAGAGGUCCGACGCCACCACUGCCCAGCUGUGCCGCAACAUCCGCCAGUCGCUGUCCCAGCUGCAGAUCAGCGCCAACUUCACACGGCUGCCCCGUGUGAACACUCAGCUGGAAAAGGUGAACGACGUGUUGAGGACGGACCUCAGCACCAUCGUGCAGAGGGGCUUCUCCUCUCUGAACGACACGCCUCACAUGGUGAUUGAACAGACCAGAAGUGUUGUGGAGAAUGUACAGAACCUGGUGGACGGCAUCGGCCACAACAUCAGCAGCUUCUCCAAGGCGUUCCCAGUGCAGAACUUCCUGUCCAACUUCACCAUCUUCAUCAGCCACACCCAUGCUAAGAUCGAGGACCACUACCCUGAGAUUGACAAAAUGGAUUUCUACAGGUGGAUCGGCUGCAUCGGUCUGUGCUGCAUGGUGGUCCUGGUCCUGGCCUUCAACUACCUGGGCCUGCUGUGCGGCACCCUGGGAUACGACAAGCACGCCUCGCCCACGACACGGGGCUGCAUCUCCAACACGGGAGGGACCAUGCUCAUGGCCGGCGUCGGAUUCAGCUUCAUCUUCUCCUGGGUGCUGAUGGGGCUGGUGACCACCAUGUUCCUGGCUGGAGGGAACAUUGAGAAGCUUGUUUGUGACCCUUUCCACACCAAGGAGCUCUUCAAGGUCGUGGACACCCCGUACCUGGUCAACCCGGAGUGGAGGAACUUCAUCCCGGGAUACAUGUACAACGACUCCGAGCUGGAGCUGACAGCAGAGACGUUAUACAGCACGUGCAAAGAGAACAAAGGCAUCUACUUGGCCAUGCGUCUGGACAAAGUCUUCAACAUCUCAACUUUCCUGAACACUACAGUGUUCACUAAGGACGUGGUGAGUCAGCUGGAGAGCGUCAAGAUCGACCUGCGAGGAAUAAUCCUGUUAGAGGCGGAGGGGAAGCAGAACCUCCUGGAUUUCUCUGAAGCAGGACUGUCAGAGAUCAACUACGCCGACUAUCUGGAAGAGGUGAAUAAAGGAGUGACUGUGGUCGACCUGCUGUCGUUCGCCCGAGAGCUGGAGGCUCAGACCGACCUCAUGCCCAGGGGCCCUCUGCAGACGGCUCUGAAGGGCCACAGCGGCACACUGCGACAGAUCCACACUCAGCAGAUCACCCCCAUGGAGCAGGCCAUGAAAUAUGUUAGAGCGAGGGGAGCAUUGAACCAGAGCAUGAGGUUCCUGGAGAGAACGGCCUCAGAUCUACCAAACAAAGUCUUGGAGGUUCUCGACGCCAUCGAAGCCGCCCAGCACCUCAUCUCCCACAAUGCCACACAUUUAAUCAGUCGGGAAACAGGAAGAUACACAACGACCAUAGUUGGCUACUUCCAUCAAUACAUAGAAUGGGUCAAGACGUCCCUGGCCCUGGAGGUCGCGCCCUGCAAACCCUUCAGCAACAUGGUGGACACGGCGGAAAUCAUAACUUGUAGUUUCUUGGUGGACUCUAUGAACACUUUCUGGAUGGGCCUGGGCUGCAGCACCCUCUUCCUGCUGCCGAGCAUCAUCCUGGCUGUGAAACUGGCCAAGUUCUAUCGCAGGAUGGACACAGAGGAUGUUUACGACGACAUUGAGACAAUUCCCAUGAAAACAGUCAGCCAAAGUCCGGUGAAUGUGCACCUGAUCAUUUUGUUCAGAGAGAGGCAAGCAUGUGGAGCUCUGGUGUGAUGCUGGGAAUGCGGCUCCUUUUUGAUUUUCUCCUCACUUUAACACGUCUAACUGCAUGUGGCUCGUUUCCUUUUUAAAUUGCGUUUGGACGGGGGGGGGGUGCAUUUGUGCCAAACAACCUGCUGUAACUGAGGCUGCAGGCAGAGAGCGGAACAGCCGAGUCACCGGAAAAAACAGGCACCAGCUGAUAGUUGCUUUUACACUACAACCACCAAAUCAUCUUUUAAACGUGUUGAAGUUUACUUUUUCUUAAAACUGGCAGGAUUUUGGAAUGAAGAUUGUAAAUCGCAGUAGAAGAAUAUGGAUUUUAAAGGGGCACUAAGUCAUCGAUUGUCUGACCUCUAUUGACCUUUCAUUCUCUUAAAACACUAUUAUUAAUUCAUAUAUAUUAAUAAAGUCAUAUUUAUAUCACAGAGGAAAGUAAAUUAGAUUCUUGACUCUGUAACAAUCCAGCAGAAUAUACAGUAUAUCAUAUUAAAACUCACUGGUAUCGAUGAACAACAUAUUAAACUCUCAUAUAUAUUAAUAUUCUCACUUAUUGCCCCUUUAUCUUCUGCAGUUUAUCCGUUUGAAUCCCUCGGAGGAUGCUGACGCAGCUGUUCCGCUCUCUGUCUCCUCACCCGCUCGUCCUGCUUCUCUUUGCCCAAGAAGCAAGUAGCGGUUUCACAUAAAGGUGACGGUUGAAUUCCCUGUCUGUGCCGUUAACGCUGUGCCCUGUGUGUGUGUGUGUGUGUGUGUGUGUGUGUUUCUGUGCCGGUAGCAUCCCGACCUAUGACACUAUGAACAGGUUCCCACGGGCCUCGGCUCCUCCGAGGCACAUCGACUGGUGACGAAGAGCCGACUCUUCUUCAGCUUGUUUUAGUCCCGUUCUGCUCACAGUGACUUUGCAGGAAAACCAGCAUGUGCCCUCGAAAACUGGAACUAAAAAACCAUGUUUCACGAUCCCUCGGACCAGACGAAGCUCACUGAAAGCUGGUUUCCUUACGGACGGAGGAACAAAACGAAGCCGUGCAGGUUUCUACAGCGAUCACCUCAACCGGACUGAUCACAGCCUUCAGUACGUUUACUGUACCUCCCCCACCCCACCCGCCCCCCACUUUGAGAGAUUCUAACUGCCGGACCUGAACCUCCUCUCCCGCAGCAUCAAUCUGAGCCAGGCUUGCUCUGCAUUUUUAAAAAGGACUGCCGUGUCUGCGUUUACAUUUGUUCGGACACAAAACCCAAGCUGAAGACACACUGGGCAAGAGGACAUGACGAUAGAGGUGAUGCCUGUUGGUUUUUAUCUACUUGUUUGUGCUCGGUGGCUCCUGAAGGUCACGAAAACGGAUGAAUCACGUUCGACAGAAAUGUGAAAGGGAGGAGAAAAGGUGCAAAUUGUCGUGAAAUUCAAUGAAAAACUAGUUUUAAUGAAAAUGAAGGAUCGUUUUUUUAACUGCAGGCUGUAUGAGUGGUGAAAUAUAUAAAGACAGGUUGUUGACGGGUGGGUUGUGGGGGAAACUAGGGAGGGAAUCUUAGCAUGACUUAUAAAAAUGUUUACAAUAUUACGAAACAUCUAGAGUUUGACUUGUAUGCUGGUUUUGGAGCGAUUUGCAAAUGACUGGUUGCCUUUCAGAAGUUUGUUUCACCCUUUUGAAAUAUGCUCCGUUAGUGAAAUGGGAAAAUCCACCUUCUUACACUGUUAAAAAAAUUACCCACCUAUGGUUUAGUGUUUAAAAUGAACAGCUCAUCAAGUGUAUUUUUAUUCUAUCUGCUUCAUCUACCUCGGUGCCAGGUGUUGAUUUCCUACAUUUCCCAGAAUGCCUCUAAACAUCCCAGAAAUUCUGGCCCACUAAGGCUCAUAUGUCUGCUUCUUCGCUAAUCUCUUAAAUAUAAUAACAGAUAUCAAACAGUGGUUCCUGAUUAAAUUUAGAUUCAAAAUUAAGAAAUGUGUAGUUGCAGCCAGUCUUCACAGGUUGGACUGUAAAUGUAUUUUUUAAGUAGUUUAACCAAAGAAUCAUUUUCCUUGCACAGAUAAGAAAAAUCACAAACAUGAGGGAAAUCAGAUGAUAGAAUUUUAUGAUAUUGUAAUCUUCUUAAAUGUUUUCCCAUUUUUAUUCCAAUUCAUUGUGUGACUAGGCCCAGAGCUUGAAAGAUAAAGAUUAUAGAUUUUAUAUAUGCUUCUUAUUUUAUUGUUAAUACCACAAAACAACAUAAUUAUUCAGAAAAUAUAAAGUACAUCAACAAAUAGUGGGGGUUUUUUGUAACAGUGUAAGUACUUUGGGUGGAUUUUCCCUUUAAAUCCCACAAUAGACUCAGAGCAUCCCAUAAUGAGAGUGUGAGGUUUUUAGAUUGUUCCCUAGGUGAUGGAUUGAUUAACUAAACAAACCAUCGCACCGUAUUUCUCUAACAGGACGUUUGUACCGAGAUCUUUUCUUGCUUUCUUAGCGGUGAUACUUUUACUGUCAAGCCAAAUCCUCUUUUUUUUUUACUGUAGGUCUCAGGUCUGUAGUGAACUAUCAGUUUACAUGCUAGGUUUGUUCUUCUGCUUUUUAAAACUCCCACAGUAGCUAUGGAUACAUUUAAAAAAAAUCUACGGAACACAUUGAAUGUAUUCAAGAGCUAUUUUCUAUUUUCUAUCGCUGUUGGCUGAAAUCUGUCUUUAACCUAUCGGGCCAGUUUAUCUCAUCCGCCUCGCCUCCAUGUUUACAACCUAAGAGUUGCAGAAGCUGUCGGUGUAGAAACGAAAGGUGGAAAAACUAGACAAUCCGCUCAUGGAACAAAGUCCGCACUGCCAAUCAAACAUCAGAAGAACGCGUUACGGUUCAUGUGAUUGAAGGUAUCGAUGCACACAGUGAAAAAAAUAAUGUCCAUCUUAACAUCGACAUUCAGGAUUUUAGAUGCGUUGCCAUUAUUUGCAACAGUAGAAUUUAACUUGAACUAACCCACAAUACCAAAUGUAAGAUACAGUAAUAUGACGUUAUUGUUUUAUUAACUUCUUAAUAAACUAAAGAGUGUUUGCAUGUUGAGUAAGAUUUCAGUCUAAUCUCCGUAUUUGAGAAAGUGUUAACAUCAAAUAUAUAUAUAUAUAUGAUCUAAAAUCACUGAUUAGUUGAUUAACAUUGAAAAGUAGUUGAUAAUUUCACCUCUUGUACCUUAUGAAUAUAUAAUAACUUACAUUUUAAUGACUCCCAGAACACAGCUGAUCCAGGCUAGUUAUCUUAAAUAGGUCUAUCGCUACUAAUCCAACCAUCCUAUUCACAUUUGACCAUUUUAAACACGAGAUUACUUUGACAUUACAAAUUAAUCUCGUGUAUUUAGAAAUGAACGUACAUCGUGGAAACUUUGUCAUUAUUGAUCGUACAGAGGACAUAAUUAUUAUCGUACAUCUGGCAACUCUGCGAAGCUCCAACAAGAAAUUCUCUCUCGUCUGUUUGUUGGAGGCAAAUUACGAAAGACUGAGUUGCCUUUAAAAAAUCAUCAUAACAUGAAUAACACUUUACAAUUUCAUAGAAUAAUAUUCAACUUAACAUAAAAAGUACAAUAACAGUAAUAGAAAAUCUGAUUUUAAGUUGAUUCAAGUAAAAAACUAUGUUCACAACAGAAUACAAACAUUAGAUUUUUACUUAGAAGGAAAUAACUGAUGCUAGUUAUUUGUUAAACAUUAUUAGCACAGUGGAAAUUGAACAUCUUUCAUGUUUGUCCACACAAAGACAAUCCAGUUACCAGCUUUAUUUACAUUUUCCUGAUGGUUCCCAACAAAAUAAACUAUGAUCUCAUGAAUCCCAUAGUGAAGGUUAAUAUUUUUAUAUUCAUAACGUUCUGGUCGUGCUAACUUGCUGCUCACUGUUGUACAUAAGCCUAGUUGAUAAAAGCCCAUAUACUACAAACAGUAUUAUAUUGAACUACCCACUGUGGUUGGCUGCGUGAUUAAAACAUCGGCAUCAGACAUUUUUAAUUCCAAUAACCAAUUGAACUGUUAAGAUGGAUAUUCUUAGAAGCAGCUGUGUGCAAACUUUGACUGUUUCUUGUCUGCUGGCGUCUGGAUGUGACCCGACCACGAGAGAAAAAGGGGUUAUGAAUUUACUAAGUGCUUAAAGUAGAUUUAGUGCGUCCCAGCCCUGGAUGUAUGCUGGCAGGACAGAUGCACAGUGGUCACUGGUCUGAGCUGUGGUGCUCCACAGCUCGGGCCCAGACGGAGCCACUGAAGAGGAACUUCUUAUGUGGUGGUUGAAGAAAAGUGUAUAAAAUGUGAAUAAACUUCAGAUUUCA